CAUAACAACACAGGUAUAUCAUUAAAUUUAUAUGAGAUUUUGCAAGCUCGUUUUUUUCGCAAUAAUUACUGUUUGAGAAAAAUUGCUCGUAGAGCGACUUAUCAUGUAUGUUUGCUUUAUCGGUCCUGUGUUGUGUUUAUCGUAAAAAUCAAAUUUUUCACUAUCUAAUCAUUUCUUAUCGUUUCGUUUUUUCUAUUCGUUUUUCUCCUUGUGCUUACCCUAGGAAAUUGUUCGAUAGUAAUUUUUUCGUUUUCGAAAAAUUUUCAAGCAAAUGUUACUUUAUAGAAAUAAUUCGAUCAUCUAGCUCUGUGUCACGGUCGACUUAUUGGACACAAUUUUCCGAUUAUAAAGUCAACACAAUUUCUAACAUUGAAGUGUGCUAUAAGUUAUAGGAAUGGAAGAUUGUUCACAUUUUACUGUACACCAUUUAUCAGCUAUUGAAAAAUGUGCUGAAUUUUUAGAACAUCACAUUGGUGUAUUGACUUGUUGUGUGUGUAAAUCUAAAAAACCUGAAGUUUGGUUUUGCAUAAGUCCAGACUGUUUACAAGCAUUCUGUUAUGAUGGAGGAUGUGAUCACAGUUAUCUUCAUUUUAAAGAAAAUAAAACUCAUUGUUUACAUCUUAGUCUACCAUCUAUGCGAUUGUGCUGUUACUUAUGUGUUAAAGAAUGUACCAUUGAAAAUAAUACGAGAACAUUGAAUGGAGUUCGCCGUGGUUCUAAUUGUUCUAUAGAAUUUUGUCGUAACUCUGCAUUACUAAAUUACAGUGGAGAAUCUGCAGAUGAAGACAGUGAUGAUGAAUAUAGGUUAACUAAAGAUCAUAAACCUACAGGAUUAACUGGUCUUCAAAACAUUGGUAACACAUGUUACAUGAAUGCUGCACUUCAAGCUUUAUCAAAUACACCACCAUUAACAGAUUAUUUUUUAACUUGUUUUCCUGAAUAUCCAUGUCACCAAUCAGAUAAUCCUUUAAAUUUAUCCAGAGCUUAUCAUCGUCUCAUUCAAGAAAUGUGGCAUACCAAACGUCCUGGUUAUGUCACUCCCACAUCAAUUUUAUAUACAAUGCGAAAUGCAUACUCAAUGUUCAGAGGAUUUCAUCAACAUGAUACUCAAGAAUUUUUAAGAUGCUUUAUGGAUCAGCUACAUGAAGAACUUAAAGAACCUGAACUUGAAGCAGUUCCCUCCAGACGUCAUUCAUAUAAAGGUAUUUCAAGAAAACUAAGUGUAGAACAAAAUAAUUUGGCUAUCCCAGAGGAAGAUAAAGAAGAUUGUUCAGACAAUGAUGAAUUAAAGUCUUUAACAAAUGCUGAUAGUAGUUCCGAAGGGGUGGAUGAAUAUGAAACCUGUGAUUCUGGUGUAAGUGAACGUAGUUCUUUGUCUGAAGAAACAUCUGAAAGAAUAAACUUGACUAAAAACCUAGAACGUCAUCUUUUUGCUAAAAUGAACCAUGGAAAUAAGAUGACAUUAUGUCAAAAAAAUAGAAAACUUCAUGUCAAAUACAACAGCAUUAUUUCUGAAAUAUUUGAUGGAAAACUUUUGAGUUCAGUGCAAUGUUUGACUUGUAAUCGGGUAUCUUCAAGGGUUGAAGCAUUUCAAGAUUUAUCUCUGCCCAUACCAACUCGUGACCAUAUCACGGUUUUACAUCAAAGUUCAUCUACUAAUUUGUGUUCAGUUCAUAAGUUGUCUGAUAUAUACACGAAUCAACAAGCCAUUCAGAAUUGGAUCUUUUGGUUUUGGGAUAUGAUGUAUAGAUGGUUCUGGGGUCCUACAGUUGGUUUGCAUGAUUGUCUAGCUGCGUUUUUCAGUGCUGAUGAACUUAAAGGUGAUAACAUGUAUAGCUGUGAAAAAUGUAAAAAGCUACGUAAUGGUAUCAAAUUUUCUAAACUACUUGAAUUGCCUGAAGUUUUAUGUAUUCAUCUAAAACGAUUCAGACAUGAAUUAAUGUUCUCAUCUAAAAUUACUUCAUAUGUUACAUUUCCUGUUGAUGGUUUAGACUUACGGCCAUAUGUCCAUAAAGAUUGUAGAUCUCAAGUCACAACCUACAAAUUAGUGUCUGUUAUUUGCCAUCAUGGUACGAUUGGUAGUGGUGGCCAUUAUACAUGCUAUUCAUUAAACCCAAUCAAUGAACAAUGGUAUGAGUUUGAUGAUCAGUGUGUUACUUUAGUUUCAGCUGAAAUUGUUCGUAAUUCUGAAGCUUAUGUUCUUUUCUACAAAAAAAAUAGUCCAAUUACUAAUAGAAUCAGAACACAAAUGCGACAAGUUCAAGUGAACAAGAGUCAGCCAAAUUGUUCUCAAGAAGCAUGUUUCAUUUCGACUAGAUGGUUGUCCAAGUUUAAUACAUUUGCUGAACCAGGUCCUAUAGAUAAUUAUGAUUUCAUGUGUCACCACAAUAGAGUGAAACCAACUCAUGAGCCUCAAAUUAACCAUUAUGCUACCAUGGUGUCUGGUCAAAUUUGGGAUUAUUUACAUAGCAAGUUUGGUGGGGGACCUAAAUGUACUAAUUCUCAGCUACAAAGAUGUGAAGUCUGUUAUGCCGAAUAUAUUGAGAUGAUGCUCCGGAAUAGAGCUGAAACAGAAACUAAGAACUUUGCACGACUCCAGGAGGAGUCAAGUCCACAUGAUAUGACUGUUGAUUUUGCAAUAUCAACUAAUUGGUUUAAAUGCUGGGAGUCUUUCUUGAAUGGUGUUACAAGUGAACCACCUGGACCAAUAGACAACUCCAAAUUGAUCGAUAAAUCUGAGAGCAAGGUUCUAGAAACAGAUUAUAUAUCUGUCUCUGAAGCUCAAUGGGAAUACUUAUGGAGGAUAUAUAGUGGUGGUCCUGCUGUUGAAAUAAGUGAACUCCAAGUGCCGGUUGAAAAUACCAAUGAUUUUUUUAAUCAAACAAAUAUUAAUGUAGACCAAAUAACUGAAAUUGACCAACCAGUACAAGAAGAACCCAAUAAAAUGAAUUUUGAGACUGAAGAUAUUAAAAUAGUUAACCAAGAAUCAGGUGACCAAAUAGUGACAAAUGUUACUAAUAAUCAACAUUGUUCAGAGAUGAAGAAAAUAAAUUAA